UUCAAUCUUUUAAUUGGAUGACCAAAGUCUACCAACAGUCAUGUGUAACAAACUAACCAUGUAACUAUCAGCCCCUGGCAAUCUUUUCUUACAAUGAAAAAAUAUAGAAGUUCAGUGAUUAAUUUAAUAAGUGAUAUUUCUACAUACAAUCUUUUGUUUAAAUGCUUCAAGGUUCUCUCAUUUUGUGGCUAGUUGCGGAAUAUACGGGCGUUGGGUCGGUUGUAUAUACUGUACAUAUUUGUGAGUUGUGAAGGCCAGUCAGUUGUAUGAACUGCAGUUUCAAUAAUUCUAUGCAUGUAAAACGGGAGACAAGUUUGCGCCUUUAAAAUUGAUCUAAUAAGUGCCUGAAUUGACUACCCUACUCGGAUUUGUUUGGAGCUACAGUGGAAUUAUCGUUGAUGGAUCUAUAUUUGAAAAUAUCAUCAAAAAUGAAAAUGACUUAACUGUAUCUCUAUAGUCAGUAGCGGAAUUUUUCGUAUAUAAUUCCAGCUAGCAAGUUUCGAAGCCCCAUUUGAGCUUUGGCUCUACAACCUGUGUACAUACUUGGGAUUGGUGAGGGUAUCAAGUUAACACAUGUCAGCUGAAGAGGUGGCUCGUGUUACUCCAGACCUGACAGGCCUGUUAUCUACUUCAAUACCACCCCCGGGAUUUUCAGUUGGCGGUUCCACAACUUCAUUGGGUGAUUUGACAAUAACCACUCCAGGUUCCAGUUCCAUUAACUGCAAAUCGCUAAGUAUUGGUUAUCAUCCUCAUUGGCCUGCUGCACUCGUAGGUUACUGGUUUUGACUAAUAUUUUGAUAUAAAUAAAAUUCUUAAGACGGUUUCUUAUUGUUUUCUCGGAAAUGUUUCAUUAGAGUGAUUUGGAAAUCUAUUUCAAGAUUUGACCUCGAUAUUUAAUAAUCUUUCGUCUUAUCAAAUCACAGUUAUCCAAGUUUUUAUCAAACUGUAUUGGAAGAAUUAAUCAUUAAACUGCACGAUGGUUGACUAUUAACAACAUGGGUGGGAAUUUCACUGUUAAGUUCACAGAUGCAUGCUGGAAGUGUAUCAUUAUGGCCCACCUUUUUUCCACUUUUGCACUAACAGCUUUUCAAGACUAUUCAUUCUACAUUUAAACAAUUGUCUUUUCAUUUGUUACCUAGUAAAAUUGACAAUUCUUCUUUCUGUUUCCUGUGUUAAUAAACUGUUCAGCACUCCUCAUAGUCAUUAUGUAAACCUCUGUUAGCGCAUAUUAAGGUUACCUUCUUGUCUUCGUUCUUGUAGCUUACCGGGGGAUGUUUUCAGUCACCCAUUUGUUCUAAAGAAACUUUGUUAGUUCACUGACCUUACUUAACUUUCUGAUAAAGAUUACUAACAGUCGUUACGGCUAUUUGUAUGAAAGAUUAGAGUCCAUCCCCCAGUAAUCAUGUAGUUAACCCUUCCUUGAAAGUACCCUCAAUGUUUUGAUUUUUGAGCCUAAUCAAAACGGUAUUUUCAGUUUGUCUUUACCAUAUAUACAUCGGUCUCAUCAAAACACGGUUACAGUCCCACUAUGCUACAGCUCCGCAUGUUAAAACUAUUUUCAGACGGCUGUUUAUUCUUACUAAGUUUAGGCACUAAAAGAAAGAUUGUAAAACUAUCUACUUUUGAGACUACAACAAUGGACAGAUAGACCAUAUCGAUAUUUUUCACCGUUCAAUAGCAUAACUAUCACACUCCGAUAAUGAGUUUUUUUGCUCCAUAUUGGAUCCAGGAGAAACAAACUGAUCUUGAAUAAAAUCUCAAGUGUCCCCAAGGUAGAACUAACUAAGCGCUUCGUCAACCACCAAUGGAUUGUUCGUCGUAAAGCAUUCUGAUAUUAUCUUCAAUCCAUAAUAAAGGCAGCGAUGGUCGUUGGCAACCUAAAUCCAUAGGUUGAAAAAGAACACGAUUCUGAAAGCUCCUGCUAGAUUAGUGGGUUUAGAGGUACAUCCUAGUAUGUUACGAACGCAAUAAGAAUUAAGAGAAACUUGAAUGUUGGCUAUCAAAGCGGUUACUCAGUGGUGACAUUAAAUACACAGGGCAGCAAUUAUAAGUAACGAUGGACUUAAUAAAGCGAUUUGAGGCUAAUAAUUCUUCUGGUAACGAAGAUAUCUCUGAGAAAGAUGAAAUCUUGAUCUAGUCUUAAAACUGGUGACCGAAACUGAGCGGAAUACUAAAGGGAAAUUCAAAACCCUACUGCUACCCUACAGUCGGCAACUUCUUACCGAUGCCCUGAAUCGGAGAUCGACAUCAGGUCUCCGACUCAGUAAGAUUUAAACGGCUAUAAUUAAUUUGGAUCAAGGCUCACUCCUUAGUUUUUCGAGUGGAUUUUCGGGUUUAACAGAUUGACUUAGUUAUUAGUUGGGGUUUGAGCCUUGAAUGUAAUUGGGUUCCACUGGUUUCGGUUGCUUAUCAGUUACUACAGAAGGCUAGGGAUACUUGUGAUAAUCACAUAGGAGUCAGUCUGACUGUGUCUAAACUGUUCACUAAUAAUCACACGGAUUGAAAUGCUCGAAGUAAAAUUCCAUGCACGUUUGGGACGUGUACCCCUCACGAAAGCAAAAUUUUGCUUCAGCACCGGUCUAAGUCAUAACCCAUUUUAAAACAAAAAGUUAAUUGAUCGCGUUAACUACUUAAUCCAUCAUGGAAGUUCUAGCAUCGGUGGUUGUGGGGUGACAAAAUCCUAAAACCUGUACAAAAAACGUGCUUGGCUCUUGCAAACUUGUUUCACUUGUGAAGCGAGUGAGGUUAAUAUGCUGUUGUAGACUCUGUCACUACGAUAUAUGUUCUACUUAAGUAAUGACUUGCGUAGGAUGAAAGCAUUUAACUACGGGCGUCCUCAAAGAUUUCCUGGUGCUUGAUGAAACCAUCGAGGGAGUAAUGGUAUUUUCUGGCGUAGAGUAAAAUAUCGGAAUGGGAAGUUGACUGGUUAGUGAACAUACCUUCUUCGACUGAAAUAAUUGGGACAGUUAUUAUGUACACCCAGUCAUUUAUAACCCCGACAUUCAUUGUUGGUUUACGUAGGAUUGGUGGGUAUUUCAGAACCAUCGGCCUCAUUCGCGUCUAUGGGAAGAGACUUAGCGACGAAGAUCCAAUCAAUAACUAGCCCACGGUUUAUGAUGUUAGGUGACGUGGUCCAAAAUUGGCCAUGGUUGCGUCCAGCUCUUUAUUGGUUAGUUCUGGUAGAGAUCGGCUUCGUACGUUCGUAACACAGUCAAAUUGUACCACGUGUUAUGUUUUACUUCCGAGUCCUGAUACUGGACAUAGUCGAACUGUAUUGGACAGUACUUUCCGCUUAGACUUGCCGAAUCUAUCUUGUACUUAGUCACCUAUGAGCACAUGAUUAUUUUAAAGGUAUGGAAAAUUGUAAAAGUUAAUUCAAUUUGAUAAUAUUGUUCAAGGUAAACUUACUUUAGCCGGAGAAAUAUUGAAAAUUAGGAUGUACUGGACAGCUGUUUGAUCUCCUAUUAUUACCAACACUAUUCCUACUUCAAUAUAUCACUUCCUAAACGUUGCUGCCGCCUUGACGUGGUGGUCGGGCUUGUCUAUCAUGAUGAACCAAUCUAGCUAUACUGGCUAGAACAAUCGUUCAUCAAGGUCCUAUCAUGCCAGACCGGUCGGUCGGAAAGCGGUAAGACUAAAAGCAACAAACCCAAGGUCCGAGGGCGAAGUACUUGUGGUAGAACCCUUCCAUGGUAUGGGCAGCCGGGAAGUGGUAACCACCCUCGUACCUCUAAAAGAACUUAAGAUUACUGUAUUCAUAAUCAAUCUUUCUUCAAUUCCUAUUAUUCCUCCUAACUCGACUAUCAACUUAAAACUUCUUCUAUUGACUUCCUCCUCAAGUGUCACCAUGGCCAACGAUUCUAGUGCGCGAAAUACUGUCCCAGGUAUACUGAACCCUCGCUCCAAACUGCACAUUAGAGCCUUCAAGGUACGCACCCUAUGCCAAAUCUUUGGCUAAAACCCUAGAAUCUCGUACCAUUGAUGUCUGCUGUGUCUCUGAAACACGCAUACAGGAUCCUAGUGUGGUCAUUCACUUUACCUCACCUCGGCAAAACGGAGAGCCGACGAGAUACACCCUCUGUGUAUCUGGCGACCCGACGACUAGUUCUCGUGGACUGGCAGGUGUACUCAUAGCACUAAGUACAGGGACAGAACAAGCACUAUUAGAGUGGAUCCCCGUUAACAGUCGUCUAUGUGCUGUUCGGCUAAACGGCCCCGUAAGAACUCGAAAGGAUGGGGACACACAUCGUUGCCUUUUCGUCCUUUCUACCUACGCUUCCACUGACCACAUCCCGGAUGAAGUGAGAAAUGAAUUUUACAGAAAGCUUUCUGAGCUUCUUUAAAAAGCUAAACGCUCAGAUAUACUACUCAUGGCAGGUGACUUUAAUGCACAAGUAGGUAGCUUAAACUAAACAGAAAGACAUCUAGGUGGGUAUUUUGGUAUUCCGGCUCAGCGAACAGAUAAUGGUGACCGUCUACUGCAGUUGUGCUCAUACAAUCGUUUAUUCUUACCAAGCACUAAUUUUAAGCGUAAAGAGAGACAUCGUCUAACAUGGCAACCCCCUACACCAAACCAACGAUGGACUCAAAUAGACCAUAUUGCCAUCAGUUAUCGUUGGAGAGGCUCGAUAGAAGACUGCCGCUCGCUCUGGAGUAUAUGUUUAGACUCUAGUCAUGCUCUAAUAUAAGCACGCAUUUGCUUGCACCUCACUGAAUGCAGAGACCCAUUAGAAUUGAACUCAUUGACGACAAAGCCAAAAGUAGAUUCCAGGAACAAUCGAGGUCAUACUUAGAUAUUUCUGAAAACGAGGCUGACCCAGAUGUUACUUGGAAAGAUAUACGAACAGUUAUGAAAAUUAUUAUUAUUAUUGAUUUAAAGGGUCACGAAAACCAGUGGAUUUCUACUAAGUCUACUGCACUGAUAGAUUCUCGUAAACUCAUCCCGACAGGCUCUGAACACGAUGAAGAACGAAAAAAAAUCAGGUCUAGGAUAAUCAAAAGUCUAAGGAACGACCGUGAGCAGUGGUCGGCAACAAAAGCAAAAGAGAUGAAAAAGGCGGCGGCUAUAGGGAACACAAGACAGCUUUACAGACUAAUAAAGGAAACUGGAAUUAAUAAGUCAGGUGUAAGUCAGACUAUUUCGGAAAAAGGCGACACUCUCAUCUGCUCCCAGUCCAGACGUUUAGAACGAUGGUCGGAACAUUUUAGGGAACAGUUCAGCUGGCAUUCAGCUACUCUACAACUACCCUCCAUUCCCAGGUAGUGUGAAUGGAACAUUGAAGUAGGUCCCAAAACUUUAGCUGAAGUUCAAAAUGCUAUAGUUAAUCUGAAACGAGGAAGGGCAGCUGGUCCAGAUGGAUUCGAUCCAGAGGUCUUUAAGGAUGGCUAUCCAAUUUUAGCGAUUAGGUUGACUAAUAUUUUAGCUAAAAUCUGGGAGUUUGACAUAAUCCUAUCUGACUGGUUGCAACCACUGAUUAUCCCAAUAUUUAAAAAGAGGUCAAAAUCAUCCUGUGACAACCAUAGAGGGAUUCGUUUGACUAAUAUAGCAUCUAAAAUACUAGCCUCAAUAAUUAUCGGACGCCUAACUAAGACUCGUGAACUGCAGACACGAGAAAAUCAGGCUGGCUUCAGACCUGAUCGUGGCUGUAUUGAUCACAUAUUCACCAUUCAUCAGGUUUUAGACCACAGGCAUGCUCAUCAGCGUCCGACAAUGUUAGUUUUUUUGAAUUGGAAGCAGCAUUUGACUCUGUAGACCGCGAGAUUCUGUGUCAGUGUCUGUCAUUGAAAGAUGUACCUCAGAAGUACAUAAACCUUGUGAAGGCUCUUUACUCGAACACUACCAGUCGAGUCAGUUCUUAUGACGAACUGUCAUCUGCUUUUGCAACCUCAAGUGGUUUCCGUCAAGGUUGUCCACUAUCACCAUUUUUGUUCAACUUCAUCAUAGAGCUGCCGCUGAAAAUAACAUUCUCGUCGACUGGAUUCUCGGGUAUUGAUCUCCUUCCAGGAGGUCCACUUAUCGACUUAGAAUACACAAAUGACAUAGUCCUGUUUGGUGAAAACUCUGAUAAAAUGCAGUCUUCUGGUAGCACUGAGCAACAAUACCAGGAUGUUUGGAAUGCGCUUCUCUCCCUCUUAAUGCAAGCUGUUGCUUCAGGACUGGUCUGCGUCAACACCUGAACUAAGGAUAUGGAGUGAAUUAGUCGGACGCGUUAAUAACUUCACUUAUCUUGGAAGUCUGAUAAGCCCUAAUGUGUUGGUGUCUGACGAAAUCUCAUCACGCAUUCGAAAAGCUCGUUUGGCUUUUGCCACCUUAGGUCACCUAUGGCGAAGACGAGAUAUCCGUCUAUCAAUAAAAGGACGAGUAUACUGCGCGGCAGUCCGUUCUGUUUUAAUUUACGACAGCGAAACAUGACCAUUAAGAGUAGGUGAUACUCGUAAGCUACUAGUGUUUGAGCACAGAUGCCUUAGAAAUAUUGCUGGCGUCUGCUGCGAUCACCGGGUAAGUAAUAGUGAGGUUAGACUCAGGGUAUUAGGGAAUGAUGGUAAAUCAGUUGGUGAGGUUGUGAAUCUUUAUCGAGUAAGAUGGUUGGGCCACGUGUUACGUAUGUCUGAACACCGAUUACCAUGACGUGCAAUGCUAACCGGUGUUGGAGAUGGUUGGAAGAAGGUUAGGGUCGGCCAAACCAAAACAUGGCAUCAGUGCUUGAAGUCACUAACUUCUAGUCCAAGCCAUGUUGGUAGAUGCAGACUACUUGGUUGGGGUCCGCGUGGCUUUCGUAACCAAUGGUUGGAGACUUGGUGACGUGGCUGAGAAUAGAUCACAAUGGCGUUGGUGUAUACCCUCUUUGUCUUCCCUUAAACUGAGAGAUUAAAAUCGCUUCAUAUCUUUCUUUCUACGAAUUAAUUCUUUCUUCCUGUACUAUAUCCUUAUAUGCAAUCUUUCUUUUAUAUAUUACCACCUCUGAAUUAACUACUUUUAUGAAUCCGGUGUUCAUCUUGUUGUGUUAAUGAGGUAUGGCAACUUGUAUCGAUGCAUAUAUGUGCGUGGUUCUAUGUCGCAGCUGACUGACUGACUCCUAAUUGUACUUGACUGUUUGUAGUUGAUGAAUAACUGCAGAAACUUAAUUAUCACGUAUCAUUUUUUCGAUAAGAUCUUUCGAUUUGAGCACAAAAGACUAUAUUGUUAUCAUUCUGCUUUUUAAAGUAUUGAAUGUUCACUAUUUGCCAUUCGGUCAUGGCGACUGUCACUGAUCAGUUUUUUUUAGACUAUGGUACUUUACUUUUGUGUCUUACAACUAAUUUUAGUCAAGCACAUCUAGUCAAUCCUCAUUUUAAGGAUUUCACAGGCUCAGCACUCUCUAAAUCAAACUUAACCUUUAAGAUACUGUCUGUCCAUUCGAAAGUGGACAUUUAUACACUUCCAAAAGUCGAAUGUGACAUCAAUUCAUGUACAAUGUCAUAUUUGCUGCUCCUGCGAUCAAAUAUUAAUUUUUCAUUCCCUUUUUUCCUUAAUUUUAACUUUUUUCUAGCCUGAUCUCAAUCUGUCUGUUUUUCAAGAUGGCGCUCCUCAGCUCCCUGAUACACUCUGUCUAACUGAUGAUGAUACACUUGAUAUAGCUGCCAACUGUGCUAACUCUACAGGUGUAUGCUUAGAUAUGCAAACAAAGGAGAACAUUGAUGAUUGUAGCUCUGAUCUACCCCAUCACUUUCAUAAUCUAUCCAUAAUCGGUUCUUCUCGGGCUAAUCAGAUCUGGGCUGUUGGUGCAGAGCGUCGAAUAAGUACAACACCUGGAAGUGAUACUGCUGGGGGAAGCAAUUGCAGUUCUGGGUUGCUUUCUUGUUUCGGAGACUCACAUUGUAGUGUUGGUUCAGGCAAUUUCAGUGCCAACGGAGUAAAUUACAAUAGCGCAGCUAGUGGAGAGGCUCAUUCGUUUGCGGGUAGUGGUGUCACUGGGGACAUAACUCCUCUACCCGGACAGCUUGGACACCUCACUGCUUCCAAUGGGACAGCCGUCCCUGGUAGGUUAGAGAACCAACACCCUCAAGAAAACGCUAACAUGGCACCAUUUGAUUUGUUAUCCAUCUGGGAACCUCGUCAAAACAAUUCGCAUCACGUUUGGUUACCUGAUCCUUCACAGGACCCAGUUACAGCAAGUACAACCGUAGGAAAUUGCGCCGCCAGCAGAAAUAAUUGUCAGGAAGAACAAGAUAAUCAUAACCAUUUAGGUUUAGGAAUUGAUAAUGGAGCCGAAAAUGAAGUGCUUCCAUGGAAUUGGGAUACAGCUUGUGGUCUAGCGAAUACAACUUCGUGGCGUGAUUUGUUUCCCGAAUGUAAGGACACUGAACCGACUAACUUACCGUAUAACAACUCAGAAACUGAUGGUAUAAACCAUUCAAAUGCACCAGAGUUUGGAGCUCAUGCACCUUCAGGUCUGUGGUCAUCAUCUAUACACAACGUCACAUCAUCUAUGUCAAUUUCAGCAUCUUCGCCUCUGAGCACUCAGCCUACCAUUCUUUUUGGGUCUGCAAUGGGCCUUGUUUCGGAAUCGAAUGACAUCGACACCUUACAACAUUCACAUCGAGUUCUUCAAGAUCAGUCUGAUGCAUUUAAUGACGUUACAAUGCCUAGAUCAAAUGCAUCUUUGUUUGCACAAUCUAAUACUACUUUGAUCAAUUCUCGUUCAACUGCUUUUCGUGGCUCAUCAGUGUCCAAUUCUGAUUUGAAUUCCAUGUCCGAUACCAUUACGUCAAAUCUAUUCCCAUUACCUUCAAGUACAGCCAUGCCAAAUUCAUUGCUUGCUAUUCCUCCACUGUUUCUUUUCGGUCAGUCAGCUGAGUCUGAGUGUUCAGGACUUAUCACACCUUCAGCAAACAUCAGUACUUUGCCAGCAUCAUCAACACCUCUUCAAAUUCCUGUUUCCUUUGUCGGUGGUCAAGGUUCUGCUUUCGGACCACCCUUUCAGGUAUUCAUGUCUUAUACUCACCAAUCCCUUCUGUUUUUAAUAGCCACUUCCUUUACACUUAAAUUAGCUAGAUUUGGAAUGCUGGUUUCACACAUCAAACAGCUACUAAAACAAUUAGGUCACUGUUAGUUAACAUUCAAAGAUGCAUUUGAAGCAUUUUUAUGGUUGUCUUAUUAUUAGUUAUUAAUCUUUGGUAUUUUUACUUAACAAUGUGCAAUGUUUAGUUCCUAAUAGUCUAAUGCACUCAGCUAUAAGUUGUGGACUUCAUGGCGCCGUUUAUUAUUGUUAUUAUACUAUUGCGUUUGUGUCGAUCGAAUUUAUUAGAUUUAGGAAGUGUUGUGUUUGCCAUGUAUAAUGCGCCUGUGAAACAAUUGUUUUGAAGCAAAUGACUCGAGCUCUAUAGAGAUUGUGACGAAAUGAUUGUUUUCUCAAUAGACAUACAUCAGCCUGAAAAUCAUUUACUAAGUGUCAAACACAUAAGUGCUUGAUUUCUAUAUUCAUAUUUCACUCGUCAGGGUUGUCAGCUUUUCCCAUUUUCAUUUAACUUUUUCGUAGACAUUCUUUUGCAAAUAACCUCACUGUCUGACUUAUUAGAAAUCUAUCCUUCAACAGGAGAUUCGUUGAUUUAGGAUACGCAGAUGAUAUAAUCUUAUUUGAUUAAAACACUAACAAAAUCAAAAGAUUACUUUCAUCCCUUUUUAAAUGCAAACAUUGUUUCAGGACUGAUUUACGUUAACGCCUUAACUAACGAUAGAGAAUGAAGUGGUUGAGACUUACUUUGUAAGUCUGGUCAGAUCGGAUCCAGAAAGCCUGGUUGACAUUCGCCAACUUGCGUCACCUGUAGCGUAAGCGAUAUAUCUGUAUAGCAACCUAAUAGCACGCAAACUACACAACAUUUCUCUCCGUUCUACUUUAUAAUAGUAAAACGCGGUCUUUAAGAACAUAGGUUAUUUAUAUGUUACUAGUAUUUGAUCAUGGAUACCUUCGAAGUGUUGCCCGUAUAUGUUGGGACCAUGGAGUGGUUAAUUCUGAGGUUAGAUUAAGUGAAAUAGAUAAGAAUGGUAAGCUGAUUGACGAGAUAAUGAAUGUUUAUCGACUGAGAUGUUUAGGAGAUGUGUGAUGUGUUCACCAGUGACUACUUCAACGGUCGAAGAUGGUUGAUAUGGUAGUAAUUUGGAAGGAAAGUAGGGUUGUGUGGAGAAACCAAGAGCUGACAUCAGUGGAUGAAGGCAAUGACCGUUGGAGUGAACCAUGUAUAUAGGUGGAGACUACCUGACUAGUAACUGGAUGACUGUCAUGAGCAGUGAUUAGAAGAGUUUGAAUGAGAUUAUUGAGAAUCGUUGUGAGUGACUGAAGUGUACUCACUCUUUGUCUUCCCUUAAAUGGUAAGUUUCCAAAUGAUCUUAUAUAAUAGUUUAGUAGAAUAAUUGGUAUUUCCUUGUUGAAUCGUAUGUUGGAUGUGUGAUAUCUUCUGUGAGAAGGAAUAUUGUCACUACGUGUACUACUGUGGUAUUUGUCCUGACAAUUUCAUUUAAUUGUACUGAUGAGGUGUGACAAGUUAAACAGUUGUACACAUACAUAUGUCCGGUUUCACUUUGCGUACGACUGACUCACCUUGCACUCACUGUGAUUGUUCAAAAUUUAUUAGUCACUUGUUUACAGGAGAAUCUCGUAUUAAUUCUAGAAUAAUUGUGUUUGAUUUACACCCAAUAACUCAGUUAUUGAUUUUUAUUCAUUUACUACAGCUAAGUGAGGCUCACAUUAUGAAUGAUAUUUAUACAAAAUAUCCAGGUAUUUUGCCGCCACCUGGCUUAUGUGCUGUUAGUUCACCUUCAUCGAGUAAUUGUACUACACCAACUUUAUCCUCAGUUGCUGCCGUAUCAGCCACAUCUUCAGUUUCUCAGUUACCACCAGGAAAUUUCGAAGGAAAUCCACUUUGUGAAUCCAGUGUUGUAAACAAUAAUUUUCCAUUUGGUUAUAAUAUGCCGCCCACAUCUCAACUAAAUAUGAUGGACCCGCAAUCAAUGGCUAUGGCUAUGACACUUUUUAUGUCACAAGGAGGUGCAGCUAAUAAUAAUAAUAAUAACAAUAAUAAUAGUCAAAUUCCUCCACCACUUUCACAAGCACCACAGUGGAAUCAUGUUGCAUUCAUGAUCAUGCAACAAUUAGCUAAUGGUAUGGCAAACAAUCCAGGCUGCGUUGUAUCAUCAGCUUCGAAUGCAGUUAUUGAUAAUAUUACACCAUCCGCAAAUGGUAAUAAUAUCGUAGAUCAAUCACGUCUUGCCGCUGGAGCUUUUGCUUUUUUCCAAGCUCAACAACAGUUAAUGAAUGCUGCACAACAACAACAACGACAUAGCACCGCUCUGAGUGGUGGUAGCGUUGUAUCAAAUAAUUCUUCAAAUUGUAUUGCUCCAACUGUCACUUCGUCGACACCCCUAGUUGCUCCGUUCACAUCUAGUGUUGUCACAAAUUCAUCUAAUUAUUUUGGAGGCCUGUAUUCUUCCGGUUCGGUUGUUGCUGGAUUAAACCCAGGCAACUUUUCGAUACCUAAUGGAAUAAACCUAUUACCACCAGUUGGUCUUCUACACCCGGAAGCAAGCGGUAGUCCCAACUCGGUGGCUGGAGAUGUAUCUAGUUACAGUCGUAUGCCUAUUUCGCAACCUCCUGGAGCUUUAGCUGUUAGCAUGCAUAUUUCUCCAACAUCACCAUCAGGACUUCAAAGACCUCCUUUAUCUGCUUCAACCGGAUUUUCAUCAGCCACACCAUAUCCAUUCAAUUUCGAUGGUAAAUUAACCUAUUUCGAUGGUUUGCACUUUUAGUUGUUUAUACUUGUACUACUUUUUAAUUCUUUCAUUAUCACAAUUUUGAUCACUCGUAGUGAAAUAACGCUGACUUGCAGUAUGGAGGUCGUUAAGUUUAAUGUACAAUAACACUAAUGGACUCCAUCACCUUUAUUUUUUAUGUAUAUGAAAGUCUACCUAUUCUCAAUCAAUGUCUACGUUGAAUGAGGUUGGAAGGAAUCUAGAGGCGGCCAAACCGAGACGUGGCGUCAGUAGAUAUGGUCAUUGACCAUGAUGCUGGCCAUUUUUUUUUAGCUAUAGGCUAAUCUUUGUUUCCCUUUAAACCCCAAGUUUUGACAGUAUUCUAUACCUUUAAUCCCACAAAUUUAUUUUUUCUACUCGAGUCAUGUCCUGUACUACCAUUAACACUGUUACUACUUCGAUUACUCUAAUAUAUCUUGGGAAUUUUAUCUGACUAUGUUACGGUUUUGCAACUUGGACUCAUGUUCAUUUGUGCCAGAUUCUACGUUUUUCAUAAUGAACUGACUGUUUAUUUAAACACAUAAACAUUGGUACGAGGAGGCACCAAAUAUAUAUGCGCCACACUUUGUCAUUCGAUUUGUGUGAGGGCUGAAAUACAACCCGGGCGCCCAAAUAUAACUGAAUUGCAUUACUACAAUAUGCUGUAUACUUUUAUAUGAUUAUUUCAUGGAAAACGGUUGAGAUUUACACCUUGGUUUUUAACAACGUGUUUUUCUCAAAUGUGUUGAUUUUUCAUUAUUUGACUUUUUUGUUCAAAUACAAAGGAUUAUAUUUCGUUGACAUACAUUGCAAUGAGAUGCAUUUUUGGGUUAACACACAUUUGUGCCGUAAUCUGUGUUGAUUUUGACUGAUUGAUUAACUAAAAUUUAUACAAACCAGAAGUGACUUUGUUUUGUAUCUGUCCAAACUUUUUUAUAUACGUCAGCUUAAAUAACGGAGUAUCACUAGUUCUUGUAAAUUGGGCAUAGUUGUUAGCUGAGUACACUUACCUACACGUCUUUCGCAAAUUGCAUAAAUGUGGCUUAAACCUAGGUCAAUUCAACGAAAAUUUGUAGCAUCUUAAACCGCGCUUUAAUGAAAACUUUUUCCAUUAGCUAGCUAAUGCUGAAUGUUGAUAAUUUAUUUUAUAGCAUCGAUGCAUAAAAAUCGUGCUUUUGCUGCCGCCUUUGCUGCUGCAUCGGGUGUGGCUGUUACUGCUACCCCACCGCCUGGCAUGGGUCCCAACCCUAAUCUUCGACCUACUGGAGUGAACCAUCCGGCCCUCUUAGGAACUAGAGCUCCAGUUCCACCACCCCUUAUGCCUGUAGUUACUGGUCGUAGUCCUGGUCUAUUAUCUGCCGUACAUUCUCAAACUGUUCAACAAAGUCCAAAUUAUGCUGCUGCUCUUCAAUCACACCAAAAUAUCAACCAGCGACUUCCAGCCCCUUUACUUUCACCACUUCCUUUGACUUUAUCUGGUACUGCUUCUUCAAGGCCUAGUUCGGUUGUUGGUAAGUUUGAUCAAAGAGGCAUAUAACAACUUUAUACUUAUUUACUAAAUUUUAUUGCUUAUCAGUGUUAAUUAUUGUGUACUAAAAUGCUAAACAUCUAUUUGGUUUCAUUCAAGACCUAUAUUUAUAUUACUUUUAGGUGUGAACAUUACUACAUCUACUCCACUCGUUGUUACUACUGUGUCUAGCCGAAGUCAACUUUUGGAGGAUUUUCGAAAUUCAAGUGCACGAUUCCAACACAUGCAUCUGUCAGAGUUACGUGAUCAUAUGGUCGAAUUCGCCCGUGAUCAACAUGGAUCUCGAUUUAUACAACAGAAAUUAGAGACCGCUACUACCACUGAAAAAAAUUCAGUCUUUAAUGAAAUACUACCACAUUCUGGCAAACUAAUGACUGAUGUAUUUGGCAACUAUGUGAUACAAAAGUUUUUCGAAUUCGGAACAAAAGAGCAAAAAGAACUUCUCUCGCAACGUUUACAAGGUCACGUUGUUGAGUUUGCUACUCAAAUGUAUGGUUGUCGUGUUAUACAAAAAGCAUUAGAAUCUGUACCAGCCGAGGCAAAAAUACACAUAGUUGGUGAACUGAGACCAUUUGUAACACGGUGUGUAAAAGAUCAAAACGGGAAUCACGUUAUUCAAAAAUGCAUUGAAUGUGUUCCACCUUCAGAACUUGAUUUUAUUAUUUCAGCUUUUCGUGGCCAAGUGGUUUUACUUUCAUCACAUCCCUAUGGUUGUCGAGUUAUUCAGCGCAUUUUGGAACAUUGCCUACCGGAACAAACACGUCCUAUUCUUGAUGAACUACACAAAGGUGUGGAACAUUUGGUCAAAGAUCAGUAUGGCAAUUACGUCAUUCAAGUAAGACUUCAAUAAUGUAAUUAUGUUAAACCAUAUAUAAUUUAUUAAUUUUGUGUCGAUUAAAUCAAUCUUUUACAAUUCCCUACCUACAACAAACAUCAAAAUGUACAUACAAUAUUGUCGAUUUAUUUAUUUCAUACUAGCAAUAUUACCUCAGUCAACAUUUAAAGCAAACCGAUUGAUUAGAUUAUGAAUCUUCAUCGAAUGAGGUCGUAUUUGCGUUUUUAUUAUUUAUUUAUUUUAACGCAUAAAUAUUGGUACAAGAGGGCACCAAAUAUAUAUGCGCCACACAGAACAAUGGGAAUGGGAAGAGAAAAAAAGAAGGUAAGGAGCGUAAAAGAAAAAAACGAAGAACAAUGACGACCAGAUUAGUGUAAGGUAGUGUAAUAAUAAUAAUAAUAAUAAUAAUAAUAAUAAUAAUAAUAAUAAUAAUAAUAAUAAUAAUGGGGGAAACGGGAAGGUUCAACCAGAAGAAUUCUUUCAGUUAAGGAAGAUACAACCACUUUUUAUGAAGAACGCAAAAGAAAGUUACAACAAGAUAGCCACUGGCUUCUAUUCUGAGCCAUAUAUGAUAACGUCUCUAGCCACUGUGUUGCAUCAUCUCUCGGACCCCAGCCAGAGUCUUGAAGAACCAGUAGAAGCCAGCCCUUUGCAGCUUUCGUUCAUACCCCGACACCAUGUCGUACAGAUUCCCAACAACUAUCUGCAUCGACCUGUUGUGUUGGAUAGAUUAGGAGUAACUUCAAAGAAAGCUAGUGACGACUGAAAACAAUGUGGAUCAUUUCAUGAAGUUAUGCACUGUUGGUCUGAGCCAUGUCGAUCCACUCGAUAACCGAGAUCAAUUACAGUGACGUGGAAAUGCAUCUAAUCUUUAUCCUCCUGUAAAUACUAAGUUUCAACAUUCCUUAUAUACUAUCAUUUCAUUCCGUCUUUUCGAACCAUGUUCUCAAUGCUUAAUCGUUUUUACGGGCAUCUUGUCAUUGCAAAACAUUUUGUGGUUUUGGUGUGGUAUAUUAAAUUGAUCAAUACCCGUUUGAUUAUGACUAAUAAACUAAUUAUGGUGUAGCAUUGACUUUAAAACGGUAGAAGUUUUAUUAUUGCAAAUAAUCAUAGAAUUAUUAACAAGAUCAUUCAUUGUAAUCGGCUCUCAUGUGUAUGUUAGCAGCAGCUAAAACUGUAUGUAAGUAUGCCAUUGAAUAAUGUCUUAAGUCAUGAAGUUUUGAACUUAAUUAAGAUAUAAUCUUGUUUAUACACUUCAGCUAUAUUAUAUCUUCCAUUUAUCGUGUAUUUAAUCUAUUCCUUUUUUCGUUUGACAAAUCUUCUGUAACAAUAAGAAUAUUAAAGUGUUUCACACCUAUAAAACAAAAAGCCCAUUAGACCUUUUAGUAGAUGCAUAAUUACCUCGUUAACGACAUAGUCCAAUUAUACUAUUAAGCAUCUCGGAUUUCAACUAAUAUUGAAUAGGAAGCUGUGAAUGUUACAAAUUUCUACUCCAUAGUUGUUAAAUUAUAUAUAUAAAGCAUUUCUAUGUAUAUUUUUGUUUGUUGCUCAUUUAAUUAUAGCAUGUUUUAGAACAUGGUUCGAAUGAGGAUAAAUCACGUAUUAUUCAAAGUCUACGUGGUCGUGUAUGUGCUUUAAGUUCUCAUAAAUUUGCAUCGAAUGUUAUGGAGAAAGCAAUCGCCAACGCUGUACCAUCUGAAAGAGCUGUAUUAAUUGAAGAAAUUUUACAUCCAAUCUCUAAUGUGAAUAUUAAUGGAGACGCUUCGUCAGUAACAACUAAUAACAUCUCUUCAUCAUUAGUUGAUAUGAUGAAAGACCAAUAUGCAAAUUAUGUAGUUCAACGUAUGCUAGAAUUAGCUGAUACUGAACAACGUCGUGUAUUAAUUAAUCGGAUCCGUCCUAUGCAAAAUGUUCUACGCAAAUUUAAUUAUGGCAAGCAUAUUAUAGCUAAAUUAGAAAAAUAUAACAAUGUAGCCGGGAAUAACAACAGUACUGGGAAAAGCUCAUCUGCAAAUAAUAAUAAUAACAAUAAUAAUAAUAAUAAUACAAGUAAUAAUAACAAUACUAAUUUGUCAGUUUCAAAUAAUUCCUCCACCAAUCAUGUUUCUAAAACUUCCAAUAAUAGUAGUAAUAAUAACGGCAGUGGUAACAACAAUGGCAGUUGUAAUAACACCAACAAUAGUAAUAAUGGUGGGACCCCAGCGGUCAACAAAUCAGCUGGUCCGAACUCUGAAAGCAAUGGUAUGACUACAUCACAACAAAACGAUUCUUCUACUACCACCACAACAACUACAACUACACACAAAUCAUCAAAUGACAAAUCUAAUCAUCGCACGUAGAGUUUAUUACUAUUGCAACUAUGAUAAUCUGUGUUGCUUUAUGCUACUACUACAGUGUAACGACGAACAGGGAUAAGCGAAUUGGAGCACUGUUUAUUAUUAAUUUCUUAUUUGCCCAUAUUCCAAAUACAUUUCUUAGUUUAGUUUUGGCUCUUCAUAUAUAUAUACCGUUUGUGGACCGUUAUAAUUCUCUCAUUUUUUGAAUUUUUUUCUUCAACAACUAGUCGUUCGACUCUGUCGUUACAUAAUGUACACUAACUAGCUUUCUUUCUCUUGUCUUUAUUGUAAAAUACAACACCACACCAACAAUACAUCUCGCUUUUUGUCAUUCAUUACGUGUUUGCAAUCGCUUUGAACUACUACUUGCACAUCUCUACUUCUUCACUAUCAUCAUCAGCACGUAACAUCUUUUUGACAUACGUUUUCUCAUACGGAUCGCUUCAUAGACACUUGUAACUUGGAAAUUCCCCCAUUCCUCGUUUAUUUAUUUGUUUGUAAAUGUCUCUUGGCUGAAUACAUUGAAAUUAAUUUGUGUAUGUAAGUUUCAUUGUGAUAUGAACAAAGCAUUAUCUCUUAGCUUUAGUUUAAGCUUUUGGUUCAGUGCUUAUUCAUGUAGUGAAAGCCACUCUUUGUAUCUAUCUAUAUAUAUAAAUGUAAAUUUUGUUAUUUAACUAGUCCCCUCUGUUUGUCUGCCUGUUUCUUCAAUCUCAAUUUGUUACCGUUGGUAUAUAUAUAUAUAUAUAUAUAUAUAUAUAUAUAUAUAUAUAUAUAUAUAUAUAUAUAGUUUGUCUAACUUGAUACACAUGUACAGUGUUCAACCUUUGGAAUUGAGAUUUCGCUGGAUACUAUAUAUCCCAGUUGUAAUUAUAUUUAUAUACAAAGAAAUGUGUGUAUAAUGUAUAUUGAUAGUUUCUUUCGUGGUUUUUCUUGGAUCCUUAUGUGUAUACGAAUUCUGGCAAAAUUAUUUUACACCAACCCAUGUUUUCACCGUCUUCUUUCUUUAUUCAACACUACUUUCAAGUAUCAUCACCUUCGAAUAUUUAUAUUAAUUUUCAGAUUGUACACUUUUCAUUCGUCGAAUAUAUAUAUUCUAUUUACAAUUUAGUCCCAUUAAUUUGAAAUUUACCAAAAUUUAUGGUGUUUUGGUCGCUGUCUUGUAGAAAAUUGAAUUCUUUUCACAAGCUUGCGCUGCAUAUACGGUCAUUCUUUCUUUAAAUCUUCAUAGUCUAACUGAUCAUAUAUACGUAUAUCUAUAUAUAAAUAAAAUUACUUUUCACAUGUUGUGCAUACUAUUAUGACGUGUAUAUUGUGCUUGGAUCUUGUCUUGUUCGUGUCAUCAAUUUCAUAUUUAAAAUUACAUUGUCGAAUGCACUUACUGUCUCAUUAAAUUUUAACACGUUCUCCACCUCUUAUUUGUCCUUUCAGUACUAAAGUUCAUUGACUUGUUAUUCCUCACCUAUGAGUUAUAUAUGUAUGUAAAGUUCUUUUUGAAUCCUUCCUCAUGUCUAUAAGAAAGAGAUGGGUUUGUACAAGUUUUGAUCUUUUGUUGUAUUUGUAUUACACUUGUGUGUGUGAAUUUGUGUAUAUUUACUCAUGCUUUUAUCAUUAGUUAACAGCCUCUUCUUCUAACACUACUUUGAAAAAUUAAUUGCUCUAGGUUAAUUUUCCCCAUCUAGUAGAUAGCUUGUUUACAAAUUUCAAAAUUUUAACUGCCGUACUUAAUAGCCUCCUCUCUCCUUCAAAUACACACAAACAAAUCUCUGUUAUUAUAUAUAUAUAUAUAUAUUCAAUUUUGCAUCUGUAAUCGUAACUUUUGUUGGAACUUGAUUUUUCAUUAGUGAUGUCACCAUGCUUGAAACAUCUUAAUAUUCUUGAAAACUUAAUUAUUAGUCCCAUGUCUUAUUGUUUGUCUUAAUGCAUUGUCAUGGGAUUUGUAAAUUAUCUCGUGUACUCACAUAUAAUACAACUGAAUAUUAUCAUACAAUUUAGUUAUUCGUUACUGUUUUUUUUAUAUUUCCCUUAGUAACCAUCUACCUAUUUACGCUACUAAUGGUUAUCAUAAUUUUUCGUAAAAGUGUUAACUGAUUAUUCUCCUGUUUAGUUAUAGUUACUGACUACUUCAGAAAUAUAUUUAAUUGAAGUUAUUUGUAAAUGAUAGGAGAAACUGAUGGUGUGAUUUCCUUGAAUGUUGAGUUGAAUCAUGCAGCGAAGAGGUGUCAGUGUUGGCCGUAGUAAUAACACGUAACCCAUUCACAAUAAGACUCUGUGAUCUGCAGGACCCGCGUUUUAACCUAUUUAGAACUCGUCAGUUGAGUGUCCUGCACGUAUACCAAAACAUUGAUCAACAGCAGCUUAUAACAUUCAAGCAACCAAUGCAAAUAAAUCGGAGUAUUGAAUUUUGUAUGGAUCAGGUGACAAUAUUUUUUCGCAGUUGACUGAUCACUAAGUAGUGGCCACUGUAUUUGUUUAGUGCUGAUUGGAUUCUCUCAGUCAAGAUGCAAUAUGGGCACUAAUAUAGUGGACGACAUUGUGUGUGCUAUGUUUUUAUGUUAGAUUGACUGGGAUUAGCUGACAACUGGAAAAAAGUCGAACCUAUGAUGAUAGACUAUCAUAGUCUCUACGUUCAAAGUAAUCUCUAAUUAGUACCAGUGAACUUCCUCAACUGGUACUUUUGUGACUUAUUUUCUCUUUUUUUCUUCGCCUCAUAUUUUCCUUUCUUCCCGUAGACGUAAUAAUGUAAUUUCUCGACAGUCAUCAACGUAGGGCCCAGCACAAAUAUGCGUUGGCCCCAAUUGUCAUGCCAUAUUAUCACAAUGAGAUGAGUGGCCUAAGAUAUUGAAAUAAUGUAGUAGCAAUGAUAAUUAAAAAGGCUAAGCAUUGAAAAUAUUGUUCGAAAAGAUCAAAUAUGGAGGUAAGUAUGAAGUAAUACUGUAAUUUUAAGAUGAAAAUCGAAUACUUUGCACCAUUUUCAUCAAUCCUUAUCCAAAGCUUUCAACGAACCAUCAGGCGAAUUAAUGAUUUUUUGUUUUUUGAAAUUGUUUCAAAACAUAAUCCUUAGUUCAUUUAUUAAUGCUUCGUUGAUAUUUUCCCUGAAUUCUUACGUGUAUAUCAAUGCAGUAGUAGUGGGACAUGUAGUUGUAACAUUCAGUCAUUUGUGUUUCAUUGAUUUGAAUUGUUUUUCAUUUUGGUCUGUAUUUUUUUCAACACAUCAACUGAAUUUUAAAAUCAAUUUAUGCAUAGUUUACAUUCUUUUCUUUUUUAGAUAAUGUGUGAUAUAUGGAUCAGUGAGAUAUUUAUAAGACCUUCUGAUAGAUUAGAGUUAUCCGUUAAUUAUACUUGUCUGUAUAUAUUUCUAAGACAUACUUAUGUUUUUGUGAACAUGACCAACAACAUCAACUCGAUCAAACUAGUAGAAUGUUGAUAAUUUUCCACAUCAUAAAUUGAUAAGGAAUCUGAAAACGGUUUAGAGCUGAUUUCUUGUCACAAUAAGGUAUUUCUUGCAUAAUCUUGGUAUUCAGUGGAUGAUUGAUAUAAUCAAGCCGGUGUUGGACAGUCUGUGUAGGAAUGUGAGAGAUAUCAGCAUCCUACAAUUUGACUUGGUAAAGGUGAGUUUUAAUCACCAGAUAUUCAUUUAGUGAGUCAUAGACAACAUAGAAUACGACCAUGAAUUCCACUGUCCCAUGAUACCUUUUCACUCAGUUUUUUUCGAUCCACAUUCUCGUUGUUCGAUGGUUCUCUUUCAUCAUUAUUCUUGAUAACAUUUUCAGCAAUAACACCCAUUACUUGAUCAUUAAGAUGAAAAGAAAUCAAUUUAUAAUAUUCUAUCAGUUUUGUCCUAAUUUUGUUUUUCUACUUGGAAAAUACACUUUUUCUGUCGGCACGCGUUUUCUUGAUGAUGAAAGAAUUUCACUUCAUUAAAGCACAAUCAGUACUUUAUCCACACAAUAUCACUGUUCACUUUUCAAUAGUAGGUAAUGAAUUCUAAGUUGUGUUUGUCUCGAAUAAUCAAGAUAACAUUUUACUCGAAAAAUCAUUAUUUACCACUCCUAUCCAUCCAUAUUAUCUUACGGACUGACUAAUUACAUUUCUUCUCUCAACUUUCUUUUCUUUAAUGUCUUGAUGGGAUUAUCUAAUGAAUUAACAAAAGUACAACUCAGUAUAUAUAUAUUGUUGAACCAUAGUUGUUAGUCAGUUUUUCAAAAAUAAAUACCUCGUACUUUUCAGUUGAUUUUGCCUUAUGUAAAAUGUGCAAAUUGAUUAAGAGUUUGAAAUUGUCCUUAGUUAAUAAAUAGUUUAGAUGAGAAUUGGUUUUCAGCUUGAUAAAUCUUCCACCCUAUAACUAUUCGUUGUAUCAAUGUUGUAUGAUGUUGAUGAUCUUCUCAUCUACUCACUCUAUCGUGUCGAAGAGGUUUCUAUAAUAUUCUCCUAUUCACACUAUCAAAUGCCUUUUCAUAAUUACGGACGUUGAUGUAUAGUGACGAAUUCCAUUCAGUUGAUUGCUCAACAAUGAUCCGUAGUCUCGUGAUUUGGCCUGUGCACGACUAAUCCUUACGGAAUCCGGUCUGUUGAGCGUCUCUGAAUCUUUCAUCCGGUUCAGCAACUGUGUUGGUAACUUUCCCUUGUACUGGUAGUGGUGUGGUGCCUCUGUAGUUCUCAUAUCUGCUCAGAUCUUUCUUUCGUGUCUUGAUGAGUUACCCUUCUUCCCAGUCUAUCGGUGGCACUUGUGGUGCAUUUUUGCAGUUCUUUGUUUGACUUCAGUGCUUCAGCUGGUAUGUUAUCCGGUCCUACUGCUUUCCCACUCUUGAUUUAUCUGAUGGCAUGCUGGCUUCUUCGUUUGUUGGUAGGUAAAAUCAUCAGAGAUCUUCGUUUCCUGCUUCGAUAUUGAGUGGGUUCAGCUAGGCAGGUCUAUUCAAGAGUUCCUCAAAGUGUUCCAACCUUUUCUUUCUCUGCUCUUGAACCUCGAUGAUUAUCUUGCCAUCUUUGUUCUUGUCUGGUUACCUUCAUAUAUUCACAGUACUUUGAAAAUUCAUAACUUUAAUCAUAUGACAACCUGGUCGGUUUAUAAAAUCAUGAUAUUAUUAACUUAUAAUAAACAGAAUCAAUCAUAUCAUAAUUAUAAGUACUUUCUUUAUAUCAUCAUGUCAAAUAUUAGCGUUGGUUGUUUAUUCAUCUCUACUAUCG